AAAAUAAUGAAAAUAACAGCACAAAAAUCUAUAUUAUUUUACGUGGUCGACGUUUGAACGCUCUUAGUUAUAGACCGAACGAAAUAAAGUUACGAAGAUCAUAUAUACAUGAAAAUAGAAAUAAAAUUUACAAAACGUGAAAUUUCUACAAUUCUCGCUAGGAAUAAUACGAAAUUGUACCCCAAAUAUUCUUUAUAAUAAACAAGCUAAAGAAAAAGUGGUACGUUGAUAUCAAGGAUUACCUGAAAUUGAUUGUUAACAACAAACAUUAUCCACUCACUUGCGACGUCGACGUGAGAAAAAGAAAAUGCGUAACACGCUCAAAAAUGUCAAGACUGCGUUUGUUUCUCUUUUAUUCCUCUCCGUUUGUAUUUGUGCCUAUCGAUACUGGACUGUCAUUAAAUCGCUGCGGCCUUUCGCCGUUUGCUUUACCAGUUCGGCAGAUUUGGAUGCCAUGCGCUAUAUGAUUCACAGUUUCGAUAAAGUCAUGAACGAAUAUAAUAUAACGCAUUGGAUCGAAGGUGGAACUUUACUCGGUGCUCACAGAUAUGGAGAUAUCAUACCGUGGGAUCACGAUGGGGAUUUUGGUUACUUACUCGCAGAUAGAGCCAAAGUCGUAAGAGUUGUUGUUCCAGUUUUAAAAAACAAAUACAGUAUUUCGGUUGAUCCUCUAAAGCCAACGGAAAUGAAAUACAAAGGUUUAAUUAUCGAUCUUUAUAUAUUUAAAGCCAGCGUUACAGACCCUGGCAUGUUGACUCGUGCCGUACAUACUGAACCGGAAGUUCUUGAAAAAUAUUUCGAUAUUGCAAAAAACCUAAUUCUGCCGACUACGAGGUGUAUGUUUGCUGGUCGUUUGGUCAAUUGCCCUUCUCAGUCUGAGAAAGUAUUGCGUUGGCGUUUCCAACAUACGUUUAAUAUGACGUUUCCCUAUAAACUGCAGUGUUGGUUACCUUGGAAUUACAUACGUGUUCAUCAGAUGAAAGUAAAAACCUAAUAUUUCGUGUGUUUUGAGGGUAUUGUCAAGUGAGGUGGAAGCAAACGAGACCGUUGGGUAGGGAGGAAUAAAUGUUAUAAUAUUUAGUUUCAUUUAUCCUGCUAUAUAAGGUCAUCUUCGUUUUUUGCAAAUAAGUUUUGAAAACAAGCAAUUCCCUUAAUUAUAUCCCCGACACCUUUUAUACAUUUUUGUCCUCUGACUGUGACGCAUCAAAUAUUGAAAUUAUUUCAAAACUGAUGGCAAGAAUUAGUGUUCUUUGAUUAAUAUUGAGACAGAAUUAAUGCAGUGAGCUGGCAGAAUGGUUAGCACGCCGGGGAAAAUGCCUGGCGGCAUUUCGACCGUCUUUACGUUGCGUUCGAAUUCUGCCAAUGUCGACGUUGCCUUUCAUCCUCUCUGGAGUGAUAAAAUAAGUACCAGUUGAACUCUAGGGUCAAAAUAAUCAACUUACCUUACCCUCAACAUUGCUGGCCUUGUACUAACAUUUGAAACUAAUAUUUAGACUGAAAUUAUAUAUUAUUUACUAGGACUGAAUUUUAUUUUAUUAAAAGUUGUAGCUGUAAUCGGACAUUAUUUAUCCUACAAAAACAUUCUCAAAUUAAAAUUAGAAAUUCAAAUUAUGCAAAUGACUUUAACGAGAUGCAACUGUCCAAGUUUCAACAUAGAUGAGAUCAGAGGACUUGUUAAGCAGAUCGAGUAAAGUAAAUAGAAACCCUUGUAGGAGUUAAUUGGGUUUUCAAAGUUUAAGACUGCAGAGUUUUAAGAGAGAGUAAAUGAGAUUGUAUAGAAUGAUAUGCAGGCUUUUCUGAGGUGCAUUCGACACGUUCAAACGAGAAUUAAAACCGGGGUGGAGUGACCUUAUUGCUUUCUACCUGUUAAUCAACGAUGUCGCUCACCGCUCAACAUAACACAGUUUAGCAGGCAAUAGGAAACCAAUAUCAUUUUAUGGUAUGAAUUCUCGGAAUUUAAAUGGCGACUUGUGACAGUUCCUAAACAGAAAUGACAUUAAGUAAAUUGGUCUAAUCGUGGAAUCGGAAUAUCGAGAAAUUAUUAUCGCAAAGCUUUUUAGAAACAUUUUUUGCUACAAGAUCAAUAUUUGCAAAGAAGGAAGAGCUACGAUCGUUUAACUUUGAUCAUAAUAAAGUAGAAUUGCUACAGUUUUGCGGAUCCAGUGAAAUUUGAACUUAAGACUCGCAAAUUGUAAGUUAAAACUAACAUAAGUCUCUUAUUUGAAAGCCUUACUUUUUGCACCAGUUCACGUGUUCUCACAUCGAUUCUGAUUUUGGAUUAAUAUAUACUAGAAAUAUGUUUGUACUCCCAAGUAACUUCCAAUGGACAUAUCUCAUUAUUUCUCAAUGAUAUAUUUAUAGUGAGAAAUAAAUGUUUUGUUUAUGCUCUAAAUCAGUCAAUAAAGGAUAUUUAGUCUAUUGAACUGUGUCUGUUUAAUAAAACAUACGACAUCCUAGCAAACUUUGGACUUGUAGCAAUAAUGAACAAGCUGGUGAGUAUCGUAGAGUAUAUAGGCUCCUUACGACGCAAGUCUUGGAUCCGAUUUCAAUUCCCACACACUAAUAACCUUAUAAAAUUCUAUUCUCUGUAAUGUACACUUGUAAUAAUAUAUACAUAUAGAUAUACGUGUAUACACACGUGCUUACACAAUACACAUGUAUAUACACACAUAUCUAUACAUACAUACUAUCUAUCUAU